UAGCAGGGUGUGUGGUUGGGUCUCGGGGACUAUUUCCGUGAAACACCGGUUGCAGACCUCGAAUCUUCUACCCGUUCUCAGGGCAUUACGCCCGUCAGACUAACGGUGUGGCACCUCUUCUUUUCUUCUGCUCCCCCACUUCCGCUUCCUCCCUCCCAUCCCCCUCGACCACAACGCCGGGUUUCCAACCAACGGAGCUGCAUUGUAAAAUCCUCAAGCCCAAGCAUGGACCCGAAAGCUGUUGGUCAUAGACGCCCUUCCACAACCGUUUCGGAGAUGAAGGAGGUUGUUCCGGGGGCCCGGCGUAGGAUCCUGGCUGCACCUUGCGAGAGCCAUCAUGGCCACUGCAUCCCCAAUAAUGAUAUUUCUACCAUCCCCAGCGGUUUUAGCCAGGGCACAUUCCACAACUACCCGGAAGAGGACAAGAUAGCAACAAACAUCUACUCCACCCUCCCACCGCCGUAUUCUCACCAAUUGGCGCCUAACCCCGAGAGUUGGCAGAGGCUAUUGCAAAUCUCCCAGAAUAUAUACCGCACCACCCCGAAUGGAGUCCGUGUUAAAUUCGCCGACGGUAGUACCCAAUUGCAAUUCCCCCGAAGAUUGUACUCAAGCGACAUUUCUGGCCUGGCAAGGAGGGAAAAGAUGUCCCUCCGGAAGUGCACCCGGUACAGCGCCAGCAUGCAGGUUACCAUAGCCCUCUUUCGCACCCCCAUCCGUUAUCCCCAAGGUGGUCAUCCUACACAUGACAAUGUCCACAGUUCGCCCCCCAACGCGAAGCUCCAUCAGGGGAGGAAUACUCUCAUUGUCCAAUGCGCUGUGCUUGCACCCAUGGGCGGCGGCAUAUACUUUGGGCCGGAUUCUCGGUUCAACAGAUACCAUAAUCAAGGGAAACCAUCCAAAAACGGCCUUCUCGGAGCAGAGCUCGAGACCGUCAAACACUCGAUUAUUGUGGCGCAGGAUAUUGCUACCAAGCUGUCGAAGGCCAUUAGGAGCGCCAACUUCACAAAGAUCGUUAUUGCGACCCCCAGCGAGAUGCUCGUCCGCGGUAUGACUGAGUUUCUCAGCCAUUGGCGCAGAAUGAAUUGGAGAGGACUUGACGCAUUGUUCUUUCCCGGGGUGGAGGUUAAUAAGCAAAGGUGGGAGGCUCUUGACCAGAUUAUUGGGCAGGCGAUGGAAGAUGGAUUGGAGGUGGAUCUUUGGUUGGUGCCGGAGGAGGAGGUCAGUGGUGCUACCGAUUUGAUCAGAGAGUGGAGGGGGUCACUCGCCUCGAAGGUCCAGAACCCCCCAAAAGGCACUAGAGAGUCGACCUUGGUGUCCAAGGAGGGAUCGGAGAAUCUGGAAAAGUAGGUUGAUCGAUCAUGGGACAAAACUGGGAAAGCGUUGGUGAGGACGAGCAACAGUGGAGGUGAAUGUGUCAAACCAGCUCGAACGAGUGAACAGGUGACGACGAGUGCUUUUAUAUUUUUUUGUUUUUUUCUGUUGGGAUGAUCGUUUCCGGAAUUCUUUACACUGUCUGAUGUGGGGUUCUGUAUCAAUUUGGGGGAUCCGAUGCGAGGUUUAUCACCGCGCCCGCGUUGGUUUAGUGGUCGCCCUGCGAUAGUCGUGUUCUCUGAGGGGUUUAAGUGGAAUUAAAUUUACAAUAAGUCACACUCUGAUUGAAAC